UGAGACACCAGCAGACUAGACAGCACGACUUCUGAGAACCAUCAUCAAUUAUUGUGAUUGAUCAGACGACCAGCAGCAUCUUCUGGAGUUUGUUGUGUUCAUUUUGUCUUUGACUUUUGUUUUUGAGCAUCCUCCUGUCAAUGGCUGCUGCUUCAUCUACUUUUAUUCCCCUCGUCCUCCUCUUCCUCGCUGUCACUGUGGACUCAAGACCUUCACCUCAACGAGGCAACAAACAGGUCUUACACACUCUGUUUGGCUCUCAUCUUUCAACUCUCAUCUUGGCCAACCCCACCUCUGAUGACAUCACAGAGGGAUCGGCCGGACGCCCCGCCCAGGCUUCCUCAUCUCCCUCUGGAGUAUUGCCUGUGAGCCACGCCCCGGUGAAGCGACUGGUUGACAGGAAGGAGGCAGUUCCUCAGUUCUUCCUUGACUUCCUGCGGCGGCAGGCCAAGAUGCGGAGGCGGAGCCGCAAGUCGAUGGUGGGAGGCAGAGGAUGCUUCGGGAUGAAGAUGGACCGUAUCGGCUCCAUGAGCGGGCUGGGCUGUUAGACGUGCCUGUCAUCAUGGUAACCACGGGGCUAGCUCACUUCUGCUUGACCUUACGUGACCUCUGACCCUCCAAGGAUGAACUUUUCCACUGGGCAGGGAUUUCAUGUUAGAACUUUAUUAACAAAGGACUCAAAGAAAUGUACAGAAACGUACAGAGUCCUACUAAUGACCUGUGACCCCUGGCUUCAGCCAGCAGGACGCUGUGUGUGUGUGUGUGUGUGUGUGUGUGUGUGUGUGUGAGAGAGAGAGAGAGAGAGAGAGAGAGAGAGAGAGACGAGCAUGUGUUAAACAUGUAGAUAUUUGUGUGUGUCAUGAUGUUUUCACACAUGAAGCGUGUGGCUCAGUGCAGGAAAUGGUGUGCCUGACACACCUUUUCACUACAGGAAAUAGUGUGUGCGGUUCAGCAGAGGGGCGGAGUCUGCACAGGGCGUGCAGGUGUG